UCCAACUCUUCUAAAGUCAUCUCUCUUCUAUCUAUCUAUCUCUGUUUUUUUUGUUUCUUGUCUCUUCUUGAGAGCAAAAUAAAACAUCAAAUGGCCAUUGUCGAACUUGAUGAUUCAUUCAAGAGACCUGGAACGAUACCUUUUAGCUGGGAGAUCCGACCGGGUGUACCCAAAACCCGAAUGUCUCAACCCGGUAACACAACUCCUCUUCAGCCUCCAAAGAAACUCUCUCCUCUCCGGUUAAAACCUUUGUCUCACUCUCAGCCGCUUCUCCCGCCGGCUUUAUCUCCGCCGUCUUCUUCUUUCAUCUCCAACUCCAAAAGCCGUCCUUUAUCUCCUCUCACUCCCCAUUCCUUUUCUACAACCCCAUCGAAGCUCAAGCCGCCACCAACACCGUCGUCGUUUGCUGGAUUCUACUCUCCGGGUCCUUCUUUCCGAUCCUCGCCGCGUGCGUUCUCGGAACGGUGGCAGCUCCACCGCCCUAACCGGAUUCUACCCGGAUCCGAACCCGAACCAAGUUCCGAUUUUUCUGUUGCCGGGUUCGGGUGUUUCCCGUCGCCUAGGUUUAGGUUGAGGAAGAAUAAGAGCGGUGGUAGUCGGAGGAAAACCGGGUCGAGAUCGGAGAAUGAUUAUUACUGCUCCGACAUGGAGACGAUGUCGCCGUGGACUGUUUCAAGCCGGAGAUCGGUUUCUCCGAGAUGGGAAUCACCCAAGUCGUCGUUCUCUUCCCUCCGCUUCUCGCCACGAAUCGCCAACGAAGCUGAAUGGGUUGGGUUUGGACUCUUUUGACCACAUUUUCAAUGAAAUGGCUCGCGAUUG